UAAAUAUAGAAAUUCUCUUCCUCUCUCCACCUACUUGGUGAGCAUAUCAAUUUGCUCUGACUUUGUUUGUAGCUGCGCAGUGCAGCACUGGAUCAGAAUGAUUACACUUCAUGUGGAGUACUAGGCCUAACUUCAACGCAACAUCCCUAUUCACUGUACUUCAUGGAAAAUUCUAGAGUCCUCGUUAUCGGAGGUUCACGAAACAUAGGCUAUUAUUCUGCCAUCCGGCUCCUUGCGCUCGGCGCUACUGUUACGUUCCUCCUGCGAUCACCGCAAGUCUUUGACCAGGAUGAAACAAUCCAACAUUACAUUAAAGAAGGUAAAGCUCGCCUCAUUCAAGGCGAUGCACUAGUGAAGGACGAUGUUCGCCGGGCAUGGUCCGAGGCUCAGCAUCAACAGGAAGACAACACCAGACCAGUCGACUUCCUCAUCUUCACAGUCGGCGGAACGCCCCAAUUCUCACUGACAAAAGGAUUCACCAUGACCCCAUUAAAUCUCGUCACCAAAUGCUUCAUAAACGUCCUCGAGACUCUUCCAUCUCCACACCCAAACAUUAUCGCAAUCUCAUCUUUUGGCAUCACGCAUGCCUCCCGCAAAUCAGUUCCCCUCCUUCUCAAACCACUUUAUAAGUACGCCCUACCCAUAAUGCACAAAGACAAACGUGGCAUGGAGGAAGCUAUAUCUCAUAGCGCUGGGUGGAAGUGGGAUGCAAGAGACAGCGCGGGCGAUGAGAUUCUCGGUGUUGAUUGGACAAGCAAUAUCCCCAAUGCUGGAGAUUUUAAAAAUAUAGCUGUCAUCAGGCCCGCGUUAUUGACUGACGGGGAGUGUCGCGCGGACGUGAAAGGUAGCGAGGCGUAUAGAGUGAAAGACGGGGAUCUAGAGAGCAGUUGGUCGGUUUCGAGGAAGGAUGUGGCACAUUUUCUCGUGGAGGGUAUGGUGAAGCAUUGGCAGGAGUGGGAGGGUAAAUGUACAAGUAUUGCUUAUUGAUGACUCGUCAUACUGUAGGAAUCAACUCAAUUCGACACCCCCAUGUG